AUGACCAUAAGCUUCAAGAUUAAAUCAUCCAACCAUGCCUACCAAACAUUCACCCACAAGAGCAGGCACCGAAUCAUCAAACGCUCAACCUCUCAUCAACUUCCAAGCAUUAGCGGCGUAGCCAGCAAUCUACAAGAAGCAACGCCUGUAGAAGCAUUUCUCCCGCCAACCGGCAUCGGGGCAGCAACGUACGCUAGAAUCCCGCCAUUUUGGAAAGAAAAUCCAGCGUUAUGGUUCGUUCAGGUAGAAGCUGCAUUCAGUAUUUCUCGUAUCACUUAUGACGAUACAAAAUACAGGUAUGUUGUCUUACAUCUGGAUAAUACAGCAUUGCCUUUCGUGUCGGACAUUAUCGCUAACCCUCCACUAAUCGGAAGAUAUCAAGCUCUUAAAGAUAGGAUCAUACGUUCCUUUGAUGAAACCGGCGAAUCUAAAUUGAGAAAGCUUAUUCGCGGUAACGAGAUUGGCGACGAUAAGCCGUCUAAUUUUCUUCAGCGACUCAGAAACCUGGCUGGCGGACAAUGUAACGAUUCAGUCUUGCGCACUUUAUUCUUUGAACAAUUGCCCGAAAACGUAAGAUCAGUCUUAGCCAUUAGCGAAGUCACAGAUUUAUCUAUAUUAGCUUCUCAAGCUGACAGAAUAUACGAGAUCAUUAAACCGACAAUAAACACGAUAGCUUCCGCUAAUGCAUCCCAAGCGGUUUUAAGCAAUCAGAUAGAUGAUUUAACUAAACGUAUUGAUGCGUUAGCCAGAGAAUUACGCGGACAGCGUUUACGGCGAAGAUCUCACUCACGACAAUCACGGAAACCUAGCAGCAGGUCAGGAUCCUCCCAACGUAGUCGGGACGGAAGUUCGAUUUGUUGGUACCAUCGACAAUUCGAUAUGAAAGCUAAGAAAUGUCAGCAGCCUUGUGACUAUAGAACGGAAAAGAAGUCGGAAAACUAA